GACCGUACUGCUUCCGGGUCAGAAGGGAAAUUGGCUGUGGACCACGUGGGAGCUUCCGUGCCGCAUGUGGAAGCCGGCGCGCCAGGCACGUAAAAAAUGACUUCCCUCGCCCAGCAGCUGAAACGGCUUGCUCUGCCCCAGAAUGAUCCCAGCCUCCUGUCUCGAAGUGAAGCAGCUUCCUUGCUAUUUGAUUGCAAGGAAGCUGCCACUAUUGACCGGGACACCUUCUUCGCACUUGGUUGCACUGGUUUAGAGGAACUGACUGGGAUCGAUCCUUCCUUUGAGAUGUUUCAUUCUACUUUGUUCAGUGUUACAUCAAAAGGCUUGGAGCGGAGUGUUCAGAGUAAAGUAGUAAACCAGCAGCUGGAUGAGAAUAUUUCUUUGUUCCUGAUCCACCUGUCCCCUUACUUCAUGCUUAAACCAGCACAAAAGUGCCUUGAGUGGCUGAUUCACAGGUUUCAUAUCCAUCUCUACAACCCGGACAGUUUGAUUGGUUGUGUUUUGCCGUAUCAUGAGACUAAACUGUUUGUGCGAGUUAUCCAGCUUCUGAAAAUUACAGACCCAACUCACAGAUGGAAUUGGUUGGAUCCAAUAAGGAGACCUGGAGUCCCCCUGGCUAGAGGUACUUUAAUUACACACUGCCACAAAGACCUGGGCUUCAUGGAUUUCAUUUGCAGUCUGGUGACAAAAUCUGUAAAGGUCUUUUCAGCGUAUCCUGGUAGUUCGUCUCAGUUGAGAGUCCUGCUUACUUUUUAUGCCUCCACCAUUGUAUCUGCUCUUGGGGCUGUAGAGAAGAUUACAGACACCAUAAUCUCCAAACUGCUCCCUUAUAUCCAAAAGGGUUUGAAAUCCUGUCUAGAGGAUUACAGGGCUGCAACGUACAUGAUCAUCUGCCAGCUGGCAGUGAAAGUGACCAUGGAGACAUCUUUAGUGAGCGCCUUGACUUUACAGAUCAGCAAGUCUUUGACCAAAAUGCCUUCCCUGGCCAAGGAAGGACUAGCCUGCCUGAUUGUUCUUCUACAGAGCCAAAAGGGAGACAAUCUUGGGAAAAAGCCAUUUAAUUACUUGUGUAACCUUCAGGACCUGGUUACCUUGUUGCGUGGCAUUUCAGAAGCCUAUGACAUCACUCCACUUCUGCGUUACCUGCUGCCACAAUUAGUUAGCUCCGUUGUCCACUACAGUGAUGAAGGGGAUGAAGAAUCUGAAGAGUCGUAUAGUCAGAUAUAUGCAACACAUCUGGAAGCGAUACUUACAGGUAUUCCACUGGAAAAAGAAGUAGAUCGCCUAGUGGCCUGUAAAUUUCUUGAAGAGUUUAUUUCCUACAGUACGGAGAAUGCAUCUGAACCCACCAAGAUGGAAGUACUCAGCAAAAAGCUGCUUCCUCUAAUCAGGCUUUUUGAAAGAAAGUAUCCUAAAGCCCUAGACAUGGUGUUGGAGGAGCAUCUGAAAGAUGUUACAGAUCAGACCAAGCAAGAUCUUUUUCACCAAUUCAUCUCUCUCUCGCUGAGCGGUGGUAAAUAUGAGUUUCUAGCUGAUUCAGAUACCUCCCUGCUGCUUAGCCUGAAUCAUCCACAGCCUGCUGUCAGGGUUUUGGCUAUUCGGCAUUUGAAGGAGAUUAUUGAAAUAUCAAAGGAGGGAUUUGAUAAGUCCUUCAUAGAAGAAGCCAUUCUUGCUCGACUUAUGGAUGACAACUUGGAGGUUGUUGUGUCUGCUCUCAGUGCCCUGGAGAUUUUUAAGGGGCAGAUCAAUUCGGAAGUAACUGUUUCAAGUCUGUUGGGCCUUUUUCAAAGAGCUGAUCUUUCAAAGGAUGAGAAGUGGUACACAGUUCUGGAAGGAGCAAUAAACAUUUUAAUCAAAGAAGAAAUUCUGAAUGAGAGAGAGAAGCUGUUAAAUCAAGUAGCAGUAAAAUUGUUACCAUUUAUGGUGAUCACUAAUAAUAAUUCAAAAUCAACAGACUGGAGAAUGGCAGUUUGUCUAUCAGAAUCUGGCCUCUGCUCCCUUCAUCCAUUGUUCAGAGGCUGGUCAGAAGCUUUUGAAAAAAUAAUUAAAUCCAGUGAGCCUGCAGAGUUGGUUGGUGUGGCCACUCAGAAAAUGAUCCUGCUGUUUUCUGAUAAUAUAUCUUCAGGAGAUCCUUCCAAAAUGUUACAGAUGGUGGAGGAUUUGAUUUGUGCUGCUGAAAACGAAUCCUGUCAUGUGAAGCAGAAAGUAGCUGCUCUCAUAAUCACCUCCGUGCUUGCCCAGUGCUGCUGCAGUUCACAAAUGGAGGAAAGUUCUUUGUCAUUGGCUCUCAGAGUCUUCAGUCUUUUGCGGGGAAGAAUCAGAAAACUUGAAAGCGGGCGCUCUACAAAGAUGAUUCCUCCAGAAUGGACAGUUGAAUCAUUGCCUGGGAGUAUAUUGUCAACAGAGUUGUUGACUGAAUAUAUAGAAAAGCUCAAUAGAGGUCAGGCUGUGGAUGCAGAAGAUUCAGUUACUCUCUUGCUUCUAUUGAAAAGCUUUAUUAAUGACCUUAGGCCUCCUUUAUCCUUUUUAAAAGAAGAGAAGUGGUGGAAUCCAGAAAAUCUGAAUGAACAGAGCAGAGAUUAUUUACACCUCCUGUUGGAGCUGUUUAACCUCAUUGUCUGUAAAGCUAGUGAAGGAAGCAACUCUGUUCAGUUCAGAAUGCUGAUGAGUCUCUUAUUCAAGGUACAUUUAGAAGACUCAGAGAAGCUGUUCAGAUUCCUUUCAAUUUUAUGGACUUACAACUACAACCUUUCGAAUCAACUAAGCUACACAGUGAACGCAGUGUUACAGACUCAAGCUUUGUAUAUAGGACAUGCAGUGCUUACAUCACUGGCAGCCCAGAAGAAGAAACAGCUGGUAUCAGCUUCUUCCACAGUGGUAAUAUCUUUGCUAAUUAAUCUUGGGAGUCCUGUAAGUGAAGUUCGAAGAGCUGCUCUUAAAUGCCUCUGCUCCCUCAGUGGAAUAAAGGAGUCUCUGUUUCAUCCCAUUCUUCAUCACCUGGUCCAAAAAACCGAGGAGAUCAUAUCUGAUCCGACAUAUGUAACUCAGAGCCUAGGAGGCCUGUUUAAGGAGCUGCAGACACAAAGUGAACAAAAAUCCCAACAGAAAUUGUCAGAAGCUUUGAAACACCUACUCAAUUGUGUACAAGUCCCCACUUGUCCAUCAUAUAUUGCAAGGAGUUUGAUGAAAAUUCUUCAUGCAGUUAAUGGUGAGGUGGUUCUUUCCCAUCUGUUACCUGCAAUAGACAGGUUGCUGGAGAAAGUCCUGAAAGAUCCUGAGACAGUGUUGAAAGAUGAGGUGUUUCUUCUGCAUCUCAUCCUUGAGAAAUACAAUGAACAUUCAGCUGCCCUCUUGUGCAAGAAUCAGCAGUGUCUGGAUUUGUUCAUUAAAAGUCUUCACACUACAAAGGAGCUCUACAAAGACAUUCAAACUCUCCAGAUCACAGCACUUGGGCAGAUUACUAAGCCAUUCUUUGCUGCAGUGAAAAAUGGGAACAUGCAACAGAAGCUUCUAAAAGUAUUGUUUGAUUUACUAGUAAGCUGCAAAAACCCACUCUGUGCCCAGACCAUUAGCAGUGUUUUUAAAGGGAUUUCCGUUGAUGCUGAGCAGAUGAGUGUAGAAUUGGAGCCUCCCGAAAAAGCCAAAGUUCCGGCUACCGUUCAGCAAACAAGAAGGCAGAAAAUGCAGCAACAGAGAAAGCCUCAAGAUGGAGAAUCAGUUCAGGAAACAAGGAGCAUGAAUUGGCAGAGGAUCACACUCAUUCUGGAACUACUACAGCACAAGAAGAAGCUCAAACAUCCUCAGGCACUGGUCCCUACACUUUUUAACCUGCUAGCCAGAUGUUUGGAGCCUUCCACAGCAGAAGAAGAAAAUCUAGAGUAUACAAAGCAGCUAAUCCUUAGCUGUUUGCUAAACAUCUGUCAGAAACUAUCCCCAGAUGGCAGCAGGAUCCAGUCAGAUAUUCUUGAUAAAGAAAAAUUCAAUGUGGAGCUGAUAGUUCAGUGCAUCAGGGUAUCGGAAAUGCCUCAGACGCAUCAUCAUGCACUGCUACUGCUUGGAGCUGUAGCUGGCAUGUUUCCAGAUAAAGUUCUCCACAACAUCAUGCCCAUUUUUACUUUCAUGGGGGCAAAUGUCAUGCGUCUAGAUGAUACUUACAGUUUCCAAGUAAUUAGUAAAACAGUGAAAAUGGUUAUUCCUGCUGUCAUACAGGCUGAUGAUGGUGACUCUCCAGAGACCUCGAGGGGUGUGGAGGAGGUAGUAAUUAAAGUAAUACGUGUGUUUGUGGAUGCCUUGCCUCAUGUACCUGAACACAGACGCCUGCCCAUCCUGGCACAGCUGGUUGAUACGUUGGGAGGGGAUCGAUUCCUCUGGGUUCUUCUGGUGCUACUGUUUGAACAACAUGUGACCAAAACAGUGACUGCAGCCAACAGUGGAGAAAAGGAUACUGUUCUGGAGACGGAUGUCGAAUUUUGGAUCGCCAUCUAUUGCGAAUUUAAUGUACAGUGUCAGUUCAAGAGCUUGAUGAAAAUAAUCCAGUAUUUAACAAAACUCCCAGAGAAUAAAGAAGAUGAUCCUGGACCAAAAAAACCAAGAACACGUAAGACAAAAGUGCAGGAUCAAGAAGGGCAACUUUUCAAUGUGGAGUCCCACUCAGACAAGCAACUGCGACAUUUUAAAUUUCUGUCUGUCUCCUUCACGGCACAGCUGUUGGCUUCUGAGAGAUUUGUGAAAAAGAUAGUUGAAUGCGGUGAAGCUGAAGAAAUCCAGGAGUUGGAGCAGAGCUUAUUAGAAGAAGUUCUUUGCUACAUAAAUUUUGUGGCACGUUCAGUGGAAGAAAAUGCAGACAAACCAACAGCAAAGUUUUGGCGAGUUCUGCUCAAUAAAUCCUAUGAUAUGCUGGAUAAAGUCAAUGCCUUAAUGCCAACAGAGACCUUUAUUCCUGUGAUUAGAGGACUGAUGACCAACCAGCUGCCUUCUGUGAGACGUAAAGCAAUGGAUCUCUUGAACAAUAAGUUGCAGCAGCGCACACGUUGGCAGAAGAGCCAAAUUCAGCAGCUCUUAGACCUAGUUCCAGAGCUCAUGGCUAUUGUACAGCAUAAAAUAACUGAAGAGGAGGAAGAGCAAGCCAUCAAUAGGCAGACUGCUUUGUUCAGCAUCAAACUGUUGUGCAAAUGUUUUGGUACAGAGAAUCCAGAGCCAUUUUUGCCUGUGCUGAAAGCUACAAUUGAUCUGAUUUCUUUAGAAAAGAAGGAAGAAAGAAACGUGACAGGAAGUGCUUUGCUCUGCAUAGCUGAGGUCACUUGUACGUUGAAAGCCCUUACAAUACCUCAGCUUCCAAGGCUGAUGCCAGCAUUGCUGAAGACACUAAAACACAAAAAGGAGCUGGUCUCCAAUGAGAUUUACUUGCUUAGUGCAGUGACUGCCCUGCUGAAGGUUGUGGAAACAUUACCACAUUUCCUUAGCCCAUACCUUUUGGAUUCCUUGCUACAGAUUAUUCGCUUGGAAAGGAUUGCAGUAGACAUGGGUCCUUCAUCCCAGAUUUAUCUUCGUGUAAUGUCACUGAAAACGAUGGUCGCCACACAGCUUGCUCCCCGAGUUCUCUUGCCAGCAAUAACCAAGAGCUAUAGUGAACUUGCAAAUUCCUGGAAGAAGUGUCUGGGUCCUCUUAUGGACAUUUUGAAGGAACAUAUUGUAGUUAUGGACAAAGACCAGCUUACCUCCCAUCAAUCUGAGCUGACAACAUUUUUCAUUAGAGCUUUGGAUUUCAGAACAGAACACUCACAGGACAAUCUGGAGGAUGUUGGUAGGACAGAGACUCAUAUUAUAAACUGUCUGAUUAGCAUGGUUAUGAAGCUUUCUGAGAUUUCUUUCAGACCCCUCUUCUUCAAGCUGUUUGAUUGGUCCAAGACAGAGGGCGCCUCAAAGGACAGACUGCUGACAUUCUUUCGGUUAGCAGACAGCAUCGCAGACAAGCUCAAGGGGCUUUUUAGCCUGUUCGCAGGUCAUUUGGUGAAGCCUUUUGCUGACACGCUGAACCAAGCCAAUGCAUCUAAAACUGAUGAAGCUUUCUUUGAUGCAGAGAACAGCACUGAGAAGAGCUGCUUACUGCUGCAGUUCAUCUUGAACUGUUUGUACAAAAUCUUCCUCUUUGACACCCAGCAUUUUGUGAGCAAGGAGAGAGCGGAAACCUUGAUGACGCCGCUAGUUGACCAGCUAGAAAACAUGCUUGGAGGAGAAGAGAAGUUCCAGGAAAGAGUGACAGCCCACCUGAUACCUUGUAUAGCUCAGUUUUCAGUUGCAAUGGCAGAUGAUUCUCUCUGGAAACCAUUGAACUACCAGAUUCUGUUGAAGAUGAGACACACGUCACCUAAGGUUCGCUUUGCUGCUCUGCUUGCUUUGUUAGAACUUGCAGGAAAACUGAAGGAGAACUUCAUGGUGCUGUUACCAGAAUCCAUUCCAUUCUUGGCUGAGCUAAUGGAAGAUGAAUGUGAAGAAGUAGAACACCAGUGCCAGAAGACAGUUCAGCAACUAGAAGUCAUUUUGGGAGAACCACUCCAGAGCUACUUCUAAGAAACAGCUGUCUUUGUUUUGUAGUUAUGUAAUCUAAAGAGCGACAGUUAUAACUGACUUGUUCAUCUGUGCAAGUAUACUACCACAGUAACUUCCUAAUAAUGUCUUUGCAUUGGAGAAUAUGGAUUUGUUGUAUUACAGCUAAGAUUCUGUACACUGUUCAGGGUUAUUACAUUUCCACAGCUAUUAAAAGAGAGCUGUCAUACUAAUAA